GGCCGAAGGUCGAAAUGCCUUGUGGAACAAAACUAGGAUGUCCUUAGAGUACAUUUACACGCAACAUUUCAACGAUGCUGAUUGGUUUUUCAAAGCCGAUGAUGACACGUACGUCGUCGUGGAGAAUUUGAUGGCGUUUUUAUCACGGCAGGAUCCCUCGGAACCGGUCUUUUUUGGAUUCAGUUUUAAUAAGACACUACCGUAUUUUAAGGUUGAAUCAAGGCAGAUGGAUUACAUGAGCGGCGGAGCUGGGUAUGCGAUGAGCAGGGAAGCACUCAGAAGGUUUGUGGAAGUAGGACUCCAGGACCGGACCGGGCAAUGUCCAGACAGCCACCUGGACUGGCCGGAGGAUUUGUGUCUAGGAAUGUGUAUGGAAAGCCUCGGUGUUCGUUCGAAAGACCAUCGCGAUCGGUAUGGACGAUUUCGCUUUCUUCCAAUAUAUCUGCAUUAUUUUUUGGAUGACGGUAUGAGUCCUCUCACAUGGCUUCAUGAAUAUUCCAAGUACAACAUCACAAGGGGGCAAGACUGUUGUUCAGAAUCACUCAUAAGCAUCCAUUAUGUCAAUCCGGGGGACAUGCUCGUCUACGACUUCCUUAUACACAAUGUUAAAGUAGGCCUACUCGAUGGAUAAACAGGCCUCAUACUUACAUGAACCUCAUUUUAUAUAUCCUAACUGGAUCUAUACAACUGAUGUAUUGUAAUCCAGAGGUGUCGUGGUUUAGCGGAUACAUCACCUGAUCUUAAAUAGAGUCACUCGUCAGUUUCCAUGUGCAGAAGGUCAUAAUUCCCUGGCACCAGACUUGGUAGAAAUACCAUUAAUGGGUGAACAUGUCUGCGCACAGCAAACACGUAGGCCAAUCAAGAAAUACCCCAAGUCUCUUGGAGAGUCUUCGGAUGAUGCAAAUGUCACAUAAUUACUUUCCCAUAUGGGAAAAAGCAGAGCAUUACAUUAAGCCUGUUGGUCAUAAAACUAAAUGCUAAUCCUGGUGAUUGACAACUCCUGUUAUUUGGUAAACCCCGAAAGGUGUCGAAUUCCACAUGAGAGCUGACUUCUACAUGUGUCUUUAAAUCACAUGAUUCGCGGUUUUGAGUUCCUCUGCGCCACCCUUUGGCAAGACAGGAAAUCUAAAUUUGCCACUCUCCACCCAGGUGGUGUAAAUGGCCAUUCCUGGUAGAAGGACGUUCUUAGAAUGCCAGAGCGCCUUGUCAAAGUAGCUCGGCUAACGCUGGGGUAAUAAUUUAGUAGUAGCAGUCAUUUUCGAUCUUCAUUGACGGCUGUAUGAUAGUGUCCCUUUAUAAAGGGACACUUAGCAAUGACAGAGCCAUGCAUACAGAAUUUGGCCAACUUGGUUUCACUGGGUCACAACAUGGCGUAUAUUCUUUUGUU